AUGACUAACUAUUUCUCCCCCGCUAAAGUGGUUGAACCUGUGUGGCCGCCCCAAUCGCCCCGCGCGGCCCUCUUGAGUUCGCCAGCCGGACGACGAAAGUACCAAGACAUGCAACGCACCCGAGAGAAUAUGACAUCGCCACUGAAGCGUUCAAGUACUACACCUAAUCUCCGAUCAAAAGCGAGUCAAAUUGUGGACGAAGAUGAUGGGGAAGAGGAGGACGAAGAAACCCUGCAGCUUCAGCUAGCCGAGAUCAAAGCGCGACUGAAAUUGAAGAAACUCCAGCAAAAGAAUCGUGGAAGGUCUAGUUCGAAUCUCGACGACGAAGAUGUGCGACCAAAUUCCGCAAUUAGCGCUCUGCGAACAGAAGACCGCGGUGCAACACCAAGAAUCGCCAACGGAGUGAGGCAAAGAACGAGCAGCGAUGGAAUCCAGGUUCCGGCAUCACCUACCAAACGAGAACUUCCUCCCUCCGACCCAAUAUCACCUCGGAGGUAUGUCAUGGGCAUUGAUAAGGGCUGGAAGGCCAGUGAUGUAUCCUUGAGACGACCUCCAAGACCCGACACUCGACCAAGUAGUCAUAUGGGAUUUCGAAACGGUGCUACACCGCGCUCGAAUGACAUAUUUGGCUCGCGGCCCCAGACUUCUCCCUCAUCAACGGGAGGGCUUAAUCGAAUAAAAAGUUUUAGCGAGAGAAUGGCGGAAGGCAGAGCGGCUGAGAAGUCUCGACUGGAGAGAGCAGAAAGGGUCCAGGCUAACCGCAGUUCGGCUUUUCAAGUCGACAAAUCGGAAAUUGAGGCUUUCAAAGCUGCAGCUUUGGAUACAAAGCAUUCCCCCCCGCCGUCUUCAUCAAGGGAGCGGCCUAUGGAAAGCUUCACGCGUGAGGAUAUUCUUCGAUCUAUGGGACAGGCCCGCCCAUCCGGUCUGCAACGCAGUAAUACAACUCCGAGUGUUCGGCGAAUUGAGGACGGUGGUCACAACGAAAGACCAUAUCAUCUACAUAGACGAACUCAUACAGCAGAAGAGCCAAAUUCAUCCCAGAAACUAGGCCAAACAGAUGAUGCUUUGGUGAAGUCCCCGGAUUCAUCAAAAUUCGAGUCCUACUCAGCACUGCAUCUAUCAAGCCGAGUUCUUCCGCAUUCUUUCUUGGGCCGCACACUCGCAGAUAAGAAGGUUAUGCGCAUCCCCGAUCUACUCAAAACCGUCAAGGGGCCCGCAUUCGAGCUCCCAGAGGACAUCGAAGGGGACUUUGUGGUAUUUGGCAUCGUUGCGUCCAAGUCUGACCCCAGGGACAAGAAAGCUCCAGGAAACUCGUCGACUAAAGAACUGGACCCUUAUGAUGAUGGACUUAGUAACACGAACAGAUAUAUGGCCAUUACCUUGACCGAUCUGAAAUGGACUAUUGACCUCUUCCUUUUUGACACUGCUUUCCCCCGUUAUUACAAAAUCUCGGAAGGGACUCUCGUCGCAAUUCUGAACCCAACAAUCAUGCCUCCUCCAAAGCACAAGCUGGACACAAACAGAUUCAGCCUGUCCCUGUCCUCAUCAGAUGACAAAGUCCUCGAAAUUGGCAAGGCACGGGAUAUCGGGUUUUGCAAGGCUGUAAGAAAAGAUGGAAAGACCUGUCAAUCCUGGAUAGAUGGUCGAAAGACCGAAUUCUGUGACUUCCACGUUGAUAUCCAGAUUCGGCGCACUCAGGGCCAACGCUCGGGGGUUAAUGCUGACACGGGUAUGCUUGGUCCUGAUGGUAAAUCCGGCUCGCGCACUGGAUUGUAUGGGGGAGCUAGGCGACCGGCUUCUUACAAGCAAGGCAUGAAGUACGACGGUCCCCAGUAUGACAUGGGAUCCCAAUCGCUCUACUACGUUGCGCCCUCCAGAAACCGCGGAGGUCAUACAUCUUACAACCCCAUGGGAGAGUCAGCAGCAAGCCUGAUUGAUGCACAUAACGAUGGCUUCGUCGGCUCAGGCAUGUUGGGCCGCGGUAUGGAGAACAAGGAGGAACGAAUGCGCAGACGUCUUGCAACACAACAACGAGAGCGCGACAUCACCCAAAAACUAGUUUCCGGCCGUGUCGGUGGCGUGGGUGCCGAGUACCUUCGCACAAGAACCGGCAACGAGAGUCCGAACAAAGAAAAAGCACCAGGCACCCCCUUGCUCAAGAGCCCCACGACAACCGGUAUGGAUAUGGCUACCUUCGGCAAAGCAAAGAACGUCCGUUUAAGCCCAAUGAAGCGUGCCCAUGACAAGCCCCAUGGUAGCGGGAUUAAGAAGACGCGGUUCAUCACUUCAAGGGGAAUCAAGGAGGCUGGCCGGGAGAGUCUGGGCGCGCCAGCUGAGUCCACGCCCAGUAGGAGACAGAUAAUCUUGGAUGAUGACGACGAUGAUGAUCUGGAGUUCAUUUGA